CAUUCUGUAUAAAAAUAAAAGAUGACGCCAAAUAAAGUAUGGUUUACAGUACUUCCGGUGAAUUCCGGAAGUGUGUGACAGACUUUGGCAUUGUUUUACUGUUUUUUACUGCUAUACGAUUCCGGAAUAAUAACCGACGCUAAACUAAGGGAUUACCUAGAUCUAAGUGACAAAAAAGUCUGAGAAUUUCAUUUUCAAAGUCUUACGAACCCAGUGUGUGUGAGAUUACCCAUUGUGCUUUUCGGACCUUUCGUGUAUUGUCGGUAAUUCCAUUUCGAUUUGAAAGCCUUGAACUGACUGAACGUUGAUUUCCAAUGCUAGAUAGAUAUAGAUCUAGAAUCUAGAUCUAGAUACAGUUUUGUGUAAUGCAUUACAAAACCUAAUACAAAGUGCGUGACUGUGGCAAGUCAUCACUGACAAAGACUGGACUGGUAUCGAUGAGAAAAUGACUGCACCAGGCCCAUCAACUCCAUCCUCUCAGCAUCACUUUACUGUUCAAAGGGAUGUUUCUGGUUAUUCCAUGAUGAGUCCUUUACCUGCACCCCAAAUGAUGUCUCCUACUAAAGACAUUAAUAUUGUAAACAUGUGUAGAUUUGGUCUGGAAGUUGUUCAAGAUAUUUUAAGCAGAGCCCAAGAUGUGUUUAAUUUACUCUGUCCUAAAGGCAUGCAGCUCCCUAACAAUGUUACUUUCCAUGGUAAUCAAUACACAGAACGUAAAGGCAAGCUUGGUGAACAGUUACAACAGAUUACUAUGAAUUUCAAAAAACUUCGUGUUUUCUAUGCUAAAAUUAAUGAAACUUGUGACAUCACUGAAAUACCAAAUGAACAGGAAUUGAUACCCUAUGUGGGUAAAGAGCUAGAAAGGACUCUACCGUUCUCGGAAGCUUAUUAUUAUGUUAUAGACCAGCAUCGUGAUUUGGUGGAUAGUGUGAAAUUGAAAAAUCAACAGUUAAAAGAGAUCAUAGACAGCAUGCGUUCGAUUAUAUGGGAAAUCAACACAAUGAUAACCAUGCGCAAAACAUAGGUACAGCUAGGAUCUGCAACUUAAAUAGAAAUCUAUUAUUUGGAAUGCCACUGUUCAAUGUACUUUUUUUAUGUUUAUAGACUGUGUAUUAAAUUUUGUUUUAAAAAAAUCAA